AUGUCUUCUGAAAAGCACGAGGCCCUCCAGCCCCUGCACCCCUCCAUGGCCGGCAAGCUGGACCCGGCCUUUGUCAAGCUCUACAACGACAACGUCGCCACCAAGCCGCCGCAGCCCAUCGACCUGGCGCAGCUCCGGCGCAGCUACUCGGUGCUCUACAGCUACGGCACGGCCCCGGCGCCCGACGUCGGCCGCGUCUACGACGACGUGAUCCCGCUGGCCGACGGCACGCAGCUGCCGGUGCGCGUCUACGAGCCCGAGGGCCGGCCGGGCCCGUGGCCGGUGCACGUCGACUUCCACGGCGGCGGCUGGGGGCUGGGCGACCUCGACUCGGAGAGCCACAUCUGCAGGCACUACUGCCACAAGGCCGGCGUCGCCGUCAUCGACGUCGCCUACCGCCUGGUGCCCGAGGCCGCGUUCCCCGCGGGCAUCACCGACAGCUUCGCGGCCGUGCGGCACAUCCGCGACCACGGCGCCGCGCGCUUCAACGUGCGGCCGGACAGCAUCUCGGUGGGCGGCGUGUCCGCGGGCGGCUUCAUCGCGCUGGCCGUGGCGCACCUGGCGCGCGACGCCGGCAUCCCGCUGCGGCUGGUGGCCGCGGGCACGCCCGUCAUCGACGACGUCUCGCAGUACGCGUCCGCCGCCGACUCGCCCUGGCCGUCGAUGCGCGAGAACGAGUUCGCGCCGACGCUCAACUGGGCGCGGCUCGUCUGGUUCGACAGGCUCAAGCUGUCGUCGCUGCCGGACGAGCCGGGGGCCAAGGAGCGCCUCGGCUGGUUCGCCAACCUGCUCAAGGCGCCCAACUUCAAGGGGCUUGCGCGCACCCUCGUCUUCACGGCCAGCGCCGAUCCGCUGCGCGACGAGGGCGAGCGGUACGCGCAGGUCUUGGUCGAGAACGGCGUCGAGGUGACGCAGCGGCGCUUCCUCGGUGUGCCGCACCCCUUCAUGCACAUGGACGCGGCGUUGCCGCAGGCCAGGGACUGCAUCGACACCACGGCCAGGUACAUUCGGCUGGCGCACUAUGAGUCGUGA